UGAUUUGGUUAGGUGUCUCAACUAUUGUAAAACCCAAGGAGAGUAUAUGUAUUAUGGUGAUGAUGAUGUACAUGACAGAAUCCAAGCAUCGUCAUCGUCGGAUAUAGCGUGGACGGGGAUUGCUAAACAGAUAUUCAUCUCUUCAAGCGUUGGCAGUAUACAUUCAAAUUCUAUUCUAUUGCAAUGCUUCAACUGCAACAGGGACGGGUGUUCUUUCGGAAAUUGCUCGGAGAGAAGACAUGCGAUAUGUAACAAGCAUCGACCGGAAACAUAUACUUCAUCAACUUCAUCGUCUACCACCUCAUUAACAUCAGUCUCAAGUUCAGAACAACCACCAGAACAACCAUCUAUUGCGCCACCAAGAUCAAGCACCGCGACACAAUCAUCUACAAGUUUAUCUAGCCAUUUAUCAGCUACAAACACAACGAUGAUUUCAAUUACCGAGUCAUCGACAUCGACAGCUGGGAAAACAUCCACAGUUACGCCAUCGUCAUUAGAAAAUUAUCAAGAUCACGGUAUCAACACACAGACAAUCGUGGCUGUUGUGAUCAGUCUGGUAGCCAUAUCCAUUUUUGUUGGCGUCACCUUCUUCUGUAUAAGAAAGAAAAUAUGUCACCAUAAAGAUCAGGAUGGACCCCGAAGUCGAGAUGAAAGAGAACUAGUCACCUAUGACGAGAUACAGUUGACUGAACCCAAACUAAACACAAAUGGAAUUGUGGUUAACGACAACUACUUUGUACUAGAACCAGAACAGAAAAGUAUUAAACAGGAAAUUCUACAGGACAAUGAAUGUUAUGAUCACUUAGGGGACGUCGACAAGGAGAAGGGGUAUACAAACUCUCAUCUAUACACAAACACGAUAGAGUUCACUGCAGAACAAAAUAACUCAGGGGAUGACGAAGAUCAGUUGUAUAACCAUUUAUGGGAGAAGAGCUCUGGGCCGGUCGAAGAUUCAGACAUUUACAGUCACAUGCCUCCGGAGGAUGAUUACGAAUAUAGCACUGCUGAAAGAGAAGAUUUGAAGAGGACCAGCAACUAUGAUCAUGUGGUCCUUAACGAAAAUAAUUCUUUUGAAAUUGUGAGAAAUGGAAAUGAUCCCUGUGAAAUAUAAAGACAAUCAAAAC